UAUGGAGACACUAUCCCCGCUGCCUCCGCAGAUCGACGCAUUGUUGUCACCAAAGAGCCUAUUGGAGUCUGCGCAGCAAUUACACCGUGGAAUUUUCCUUCGGCAAUGAUUACCCGCAAAGCAGGCGCAGCAAUUGGCGCUGGCUGUACGAUGGUGGUUAAACCCGCUGAGCAAACUCCCCUGUCGGCCUUGGCACUGGCCGUUCUUGCCGAACGAGCAGGUCUUCCAGCAGGUGUGUUUAAUGUUCUCACUGGAGAUGCCCCCGUUAUUGGAGCAGAACUCACCUCAAACCCAACCGUGCGCAAAUUAUCCUUCACUGGCUCUACCGAAGUUGGACGCUUACUCAUGCAACAAUGCGCCCCCACCAUGAAAAAACUGUCGAUGGAGUUAGGUGGCAACGCACCCUUUAUUGUCUUUGAUGAUGCAAAUAUAGACGCAGCCAUUGAAGGCGCCAUCGCUUCUAAGUACCGCAAUGCCGGACAAACCUGCGUCUGCGCGAAUCGUUUUUUAGUUCAAGCAGGAGUUUAUGACGAAUUUGCUCAAAAAUUAUCCGAAAAAGUUGAACGUUUGCGGGUCGGUAAUGGUUUAGACGACACCAACAAUCAAGGCCCUCUGAUUGAUGAAGCGGCAGUGCGCAAGGUUGAAGCGUUGGUAGACGAUGCGCUAGCUUGUGGUGCGACGCUCAUCAAAGGCGGUGGUCGCCACGAGCUAGGCGGUACGUUCUACAAGCCGACUAUUUUAAUCGAUGUAAACGCUAAAAUGCGCAUUGCUAAGGAAGAAAUCUUCGGUCCGGUCGCGCCUUUAUUCAAGUUUGAAACAGAGGAA